AUGCCAACGUCACCCACGCCGCUAAAGAUACCACAAACCCAACCCACGCUGCCGUUGCCAUCCCCACCCCCCAACAUUGUUGCGCCACCAACACCAUCCCCGAGCGCCGGCGCCCAACGAGCGCCGUCCUCAUGCCCAAGAAGCGUCACCACCGGCGCCUCCCCUCUAGAUCAGCCACCGCCAUCGCAAAACCCACAUGCCGACGCCGCCUCCAUCGUCUUUGCCACCAUUUCCCUUCAAACCAUGGAGUGGAGUGGUGAAGAGAGAGAGCUUGGAGAAAUAGCUCGAACGAGAAAGAUGGAGAAAGCCAGAGAGCGAGACGCGAGACAGAGAGAAGAGAAGAAUAAAAGAGAAAAAGUAGAUCCGUGA